AUGGUAUCUAGGCUGGGAUGUCCGCAAGUUUCAUUUAGGAUCAAGCAACAUGACUUUGUCCAUAAUUUAAUCUGCUUACCAAUGAUCGAUCUUGACCUUAUCUUGGGAUUGGACUGGUUAUCUGAGAACCAUGUCCUGCUCGAUAGUUCUGCAAAAUCGGUGUACUUUAUGCCAGAAGAUACAGAAGGACCGGUUGUAUUGAAUAGUUAUUACUUGAAUUCUAUUAUGGUGAAUUGUUCUGGGGCCGAAUGUCAGGGUAUCUUGUUGUUAACUACAGAUGUUUCGGGUGAUGAUCAAAGAUUGGAACAAAUUCCGAUUGUGUGUGAGUUUCCAGAAGUGUUUCCCGACGAUAUUAAUGAAUUUUCACUUAACCGAGAGGUUGAGUUUGCUAUUGAGUUAGUGCCUGGGGCGGGACCAAUCUCAAGUACUCCUUAUAGGAUGUCACCGCAGAAAUGGCCGAGCUAA